AUGGCUCCAGCUCCCAGCUUCCAUGGACACCAGUGGACUUACAACCCUGUCCGAGCGUUCUGCCUGCUCCUGCUGCUGGUCGUGUCAAAUGUGCUCCUGUGCCAAGGUGAAUUUUGCUGGCUCUGCGGUCGAUACCUGUUUGGCGUCCGCCUGAAGUCACUUAGAAAAACGUUUAGCCGUGCCUCCAUCCUGUCCCACGACAUGCAUAACCUUUCUACAAUAAUGUUCAAUGAGGUUAUUGAAAGGUAUUCCCAGAGUAAACCGGAGUAUAUGAAUGCCACCAAUGACUGCCACACCAAUCCCCUCCAUGCUCCUGAAGAAAUAGAAAGAGCCCAACUGAUGAACAAUGAAGACCUUACUAAGUGGAUACUCAUGAUACAGUACCUCUGGAAUGCUCCUCUGUUUGAUCUAGCCUAUGACCCGCGGAUUGAGGAAAACCUCACAGUUACUGUCAUAUCAAGUGCCUUAGAGUGUCGUAGAAAAUCAUUCAAACUUCAAUCAAUCUUAGCGAGACAAUUCAGCCAGAUUAUUCUUCCACUCAGACGGAAGUUGGAGGAGGAACGCUUGUACUGGUCAGCAAUUCCAUUCCUGCUGUCCGACGAUGAAGAUGUACGUCAUUCUGCAUUUUAUAACCUGUUCAAGUGCCUGAACAGGGAUUCACGUAAAGUUGACAUGUACACCAAGAUCCUGGCAUGCCGAAUCAGUGACGAGUGCUAA